AUGUUCGACACACAAUGCGAGCACAACCUGGUCACCACCAAGUUCCUCAAGGAAAUCGGCUUCGAGUGGCAGCCGUCCACAGACGAUACCCAAAUCACCCAGAUGAACAAUACCAAUAUCAAAUGUCUGGGUGAGGUCCAAGGAAGAUGGUACCCGAUUGGCGCUCCAAAGCGCCCGUGGUACCUGGCUGGUGUUCCAAAGCGUCUCCUAAAGGGCUUGAACUUCCGACCACGCUAUGAAAUCUGCACCUUCAAGAUCGUUGAUCUGCAGACGUUCGACCUCAUCAUCGGGCGCACCACCAUCAACGAUCUUGGACUGUUACAGACAAAUCGCAGCUUCUUUGGUGCAUUCCGUCCAGUCCCCAUUCGCGUCGACUCAGCUAGUACGACUACCAAGAAGCAGCAAGAAGCAGAUGAGCGCAGAAAGAAGGCAGAAGAGGAUAUGCGGAAGCGUGAAGAGGAGAAGUCGUUGCUGAGAGCACCGAACAGCAUUCACGCUACGGAAUACUACAACAAGGGAGAGGGGAGAGGAUCAAGCGUCGGGAUUGCUCUCAGACUCUAG